GAAAGAGAGAGCCAGGCGAAAAAACAAAAACGGUUGUCCUGCCCACAUGGAAGGUUGAAGUUAGAAGAAAGAGGCCUUCGGCUGCAGAUCCCUAAUGCCUGCCACUGAAAACAAUGGGCAUUGUGUUGUCCAGAGUGGAUAAGUGUCGCAUUGUACCUUCCACGUCGACUCGUAGAGCUGCAACAUUAAAGAAUGCUGCCCCCUGUAGGGAAAUGAAUGGAACUGCUAAUUGUUCAAACAGCAACACCACUCCUCCUGUCAACACUACAGAAAGCACCACCGAGGAGGGCCUCCUGAUCCCUGCGCUUCCAGAGAGAGCAAAUAUUGAGAGGGGCUACGUGACUCCUCAGCAGGUUUACAAUCUCCUGAAUGCAGAAGCAGGACAACCAGCCCUCCAUGACCCAAACUAUAUCCUAAUCCUGGACUGCCGCAGUGCAGAGAGGUAUAAGCAGAGUCAUUUGGUGACAGCAAGAGCAAGUGUGACAGUCAUGCAUCCUGAGCUGGGAUGUCUGAUAAGCUGCGUGCAGCUUCAGGAGUUUUCAAUAAUUCUGCUCUAUGCUGAGGAGGGCCACAGUCCAGUGGGUAGUGAGGAGGCCCGGAAUGACUCGAUGCCUCUCCAGCGGUGCUUCUUCCAGCUCAGCGCACUGGGGAUGGAUCCGGUCAUCUUACUGGGUGGCUACUCGGCCUUCCACUCCCUCUACCCUUUCCUGUGCACACCCCGCAUGAUCCUGCUGCAGUCGGAGCGUCGCUCCCUCACCAUCUACCCCUCGGAGAUCCUGGAGGGGGCUCUGUACCAGGGCUCGGCUGCCCAGGCCCACGACUACCGCAUCAUCAAGAACCUGCACAUCACCCACGUGGUCAACGCCACGGCCGAGAGCGCCGACGCCUUCCCCAGCGUGGUGCGCUACCUGUGCCUGCGCCUCAACGACGACGCCCAGCAGGACCUGAGCCAGGCGCUGCCCGCCGCCUCGCGCUUCAUCGCCGGCGCCCUGCAGGGGAGCCCCGGGGUGCCGGGCGGCCGCGUGCUGGUGCACUGCAGCCUGGGACGCAGUCGCAGCUCCGUGCUAACGCUGGCCUUCCUCAUGGAGCAGCGCUGCUGGUCUCUGCUGCACGCCUUCCGCUGGCUCAAGGAACGGAGGGCGUGCGCCGCGCCCAACGCCGGCUUCUUGCGCCAGCUGUCCGACUACGAGGAGCAGCUGUUCGGGGAGAGGCUGACAAAACUGGAUGACAUACGGCUGUGAUGGACUCCAUGGGGCCUGUGAGAAAAAAGUGGUAUUUCCCACAACCCCUGUACAGUUAUAGACAUGAAAGACUCAAAACGAAUUUGACUGCAUUAUGUAAUUUUUAUCUUAGGAUAACAUUUUUAAAAAGAUUAUCUUUUUGAGAAUAUCAAAUAUUUAUGUACCAAAUGGAUAUUUUUUAGUUGCAGGUAACCAGAGAACAAACCUUUCCAUAUUAUACAUUUAGUGGAUGUACUCAAGCUCUCUGACCCACUGAACCUGUUCAGCUAUAGACACAUACUGUAGGAAUACAAAUGUGUACAUAAUGUAUUCUUUUUUAGCUUGAAUAGUUUAGUAGUUUUUCACAACAGGUAGGUACGUAAUUUUAGACCAUGCCAAAUUAUAUGAUUGUUUUUUUCCCCAACACCAGUUAAGGACUUGUGAUGCUCAUAAACCCCCUCCCGAUCAUUCAGGUUACUAGAAGUAGACUGACCAUGGUAAGUUGAUAGGCACAUUAGAACAGGAGCUGAUGUAGGUUAGCUGUUUAUGUGAUGACACAGUAUAUCUGGAAAUGAAGCGCUCACUCAAAAAGUAAACCACCCCCAUUGCAAAAAAUUGAAAUAUAAAUAAAUGAAGAUGAUAAUAAAAAUGUAGAUGACAAAUCAGUGCA